GAGCGAGAGAAAAGAGGAGGCAGCAAAAGCUGAAAGCCCGCCCACGCCCACGCCACCCUGAUAAGACGAGAGAGACGGUGGAAGGAACAGUUGAGUCGCGUUGCGUUGCGUUUGCGUUGCCCACCCCCCGCCGCAACUCUCUCAUCCGUCGCAUCCCCGCUCGCGCGCCUCCUACCGCAUUCCCAUCCAACUCCUCCUCCCCACGCACGCGCUUCGCGCCUCAAAUAGCACGGGCAAUGGCAGCGGCGCGGCCCUGUUGCAGCCGCAGCAGCCACCGGCAAUCGCGCCUCCUCGUCCUCGCCGCCUGCGCGUCGCCGGCGCCGCUGCUGCUUUAGCCGUCUCCGACUUCCGCUCCGAGGUGAUCGCCGCCCGGAUGGGUGAUCUGGGCGUCCGGGUUGUGGGCAGAGGCUGCGCUGCGCCGAUGGAGCCGCGCAAGGAGAUGGCGCCGCCAUCGCUGGAGCAGCAGCAGCAGCAGCCUCCCCUGUUCAUGGAUUUCUCCCGUCGAGAUGGAGUCGCAGAUGGCGGCAACGGGCGGAAGCGGCCGCGCGAGACCGUGGCGCCGCCGGCACGGCUCUUCUCCCUGCAGGCGCCGCAGGGUUCUCCGGGGCACAAGGUGAUACACCUGGCGCAGCUGCACCGGCGGCCGCCGGCGACGGGCCUGCGGCUCGACUUCGACGAGGGAGGCUCGGAGCACGCGGCGUGCACGUCCUCGACGUCGCCCCUUAUCCCCGGCGAGCUCGCCGCCCAGUGCGGGCGGUACAGUAACGAGAUCGACCGGCUGCUCCAGGAACACGCGGAGCGACUCCGGCUUGCGCUGGCUGACACGAGGCGUCGGCAGAACCGCUCGCUGCUGGGCGCCGCAGAGGCGCUGGCCGCACGGCGGGUCAGGGAGAUGGAGGCGGAGACCUUCAAGGCGGCGCGGCGCGGCGUCGAGCUGGAGGAGCGGCUGGCCCGGCUGAGGGCGGAGGCGGCGUCGUGGCAAGCCAAGGCAAUGUCCGACCAGUCCACGGCGGCCGCGCUCCACGCGCAGUUGCAGCAGGCGGCGGCCACAGCGCAGGCGAGGAGCGGCAAGGCCGCCUUGGACGACGACGGCGCGGCGGACGACGCCGAGUCCGGCUUCAUCGACCCUGACAGGGUGGUGGAGGUGGCGGCCCCGCCACCGGCCAGGCCGUGCCGCGGGUGCCGGCUCCGGCCGGCCACCACCGUGCUGCUCCCGUGCAGGCACCUCUGCGUGUGCGACGCGUGCGACCCCGGCGCCUCGGCCUCCCUCGCCGCCGCCGCGGCCUGCCCCACGUGCCGCUGCCCCGUCACCGGCACCGUGCAGGUCUUCUUCGCGUGAAACGGGUCGCCGCCGGAUCAUGAAAUCAGAGCCGCCAUGGAAAAGCUGUAGUAGAUCAGAUCAGACAGGGUGCAUAAUUCCUUCCCUCUCUUUUCUCCCGUGCUAGUGGGCUGGACUGAUUGAUCCCUCCAUGAUCGUUUCACCUCUUUUGCUACUGAUCUACUACGACUAGUAAUUUGAUGAUUUGAA